AUGAAUUUACAACAGUGGUCCACCCAAAGAGUUCAGACAAACCCUUUUGAGAUGGAGGACCUGAUCAUGACUUAUGAGGACAAGGACGGGAGUGUUAGGUUGCUACCUGGGUACAAGUUUGAUCCUACGGAUGAGGUUCUUGUGUAUUUCUACUUGAAGAAGAAGGCCUUUGCUCAACCUCUUCCUUUUCAAAUCAUCCCAGUCUUUGAUGUGUUUCAAUGUGAGCCUUGGGGUCUUCCAGGAGGAGAUGGAAAGAUUUUCAAUGAGCGAAAGUGCUUCUUCUACAACACCAUGGGUCGUGACCUUGAAAACUUGGACAUUAGAGUUGCUGGAAGUGGCGAGUGGAGAGUUAUAGAGAAAAGCAAAGAUGUUCAUAUUCCUCGAAACAAUAAGGUGAUUGGGAAGAGGAACACCCUAAAUUUUUGGGAAGUGCAGGGAGCAUGUACAAGGAGGACCAAAUGGGUGAUGCACGAGUUCCGCCUUACAUUAAUAGCUAACCCAUCUAAGAUGGCAAAUUGGGUUGUGUAUCGCAUCUUUCAGAAUAAGAAUGCAAAGAAGGUGAAGAAUGCAAGAUGGUCUGAUGGGGAGAGCUCCAACAGUGGUAGAAAUGCUAGGAUUGCUACAACCAUUGACUUCAAUGUUGAGAGUGACAGUUCCUCAAGCUCACCCCUAAUGGCUCAUUCCUUAAGUGAGGGCAAUGAAUAUCCUUAA